AUCACGGAAUGGGUGUAGCCAAUAAAAAUCACGCAAUCAGAGGUGCGCAUUGACUCUUCAGAAAAUUAGCAUAGACGAGGGGAUAAAUGUGUUAGUGCAUUCUGUCGUUCUUCUAGUACUUUGAACUUAAGUCAUUGUAUUGCAAUGCCUGAACCAGCAAAGUCCGCCCCGAAGAAGGGAUCCAAGAAGGCCGUCACGAAGGCCGCCGGUAAGGGAGGAAAGAAGCGCAGAAAGUCCAGGAAGGAGAGUUACGCUAUCUACGUGUACAAAGUCCUGAAGCAGGUCCAUCCUGACACCGGGAUCUCCUCCAAGGCGAUGGGCAUCAUGAACUCCUUCGUCAACGACAUCUUCGAGCGCAUCGCCGGUGAGUCGUCUCGUCUCGCUCACUACAACAAGCGCUCCACCAUCACAUCGAGAGAGAUCCAGACCGCCGUGCGUCUGCUGCUGCCCGGUGAACUGGCCAAACACGCCGUGUCUGAGGGCACAAAGGCCGUCACCAAGUACACCAGCUCCAAGUAAAGUGAAGCUCCAGCUGCACCCAAAGGCUCUUUUAAGAGCCACCCAUGUUGUCACUUAAAGAGAGAAUUUGUGUUUUCAUAACAUUUGUUUUUAUUUUUAAUAUAGAUUUGGUUUCAGUCCGAAUCAAUUGUAUGACAAAUGUAUCAUUUUGCAUCAAUGGAGAAUGUUGCGGUUAACAAGCAAGAUUUAAUGUUGGGAUGUUGUAAAAUUGUAAAUUGGAUGUAACUUAUAUUUGAAAUGAUCUCACCGGUGCAGUAUGUGCAGGUAUUAACAUUGCUCCAUCACUAUAAGACCGGAUCAUUUUGUGUGGAGUGCGGGGUGAUUUUUCUCGGAGUUGCCCUGAUGUGCCACACGAUCGCAAAACGUGCGAAAUCGACCAUAGAACGUCUUGAGACUGAUGUCCUCACAGUGAGGGCAGUCCCAGUUAGCCAAAUUACGUGACGUAACGGCAACGUAAUCACAUUACAAAUCUUUCGUCGUGGCAACGUAAAUAGUUAUGUGGUUAUCUUCUACAGAAAUGGGUAAUAUGAAAUAAAAUAUUAAUAGUAAUGUAUUUCAUGCAUCCUUUGUAUCCGUUUGCUUUACGGUCUCCGAUGAUUAAUUAUUUGGAAAUAACAUUUUUAAUCCCAGUUGUUUAAUGAUUUGUAGUAACUUGUAAAAAUUAAAACUCACAAAAAUUGCCAACUUGACCCCCUAUUAUCUGACCUAAAUUUAGGCAAUGUAUAUGCUCUUCACAUGUAACUCUUAUGCCCACUGACAUUUGUGCAUUCCCCCACACAUUAAUGGAUAAAGAAAGUAAAGAUUUGAGUCACAUUUGGAAGACACAGGGAUCAUCACACCAACAAAUAGUAAAUACAUUAUUAAGACAAAACAAGUGUACAACUAUUAAAGUCCGUA